UGGCUAAAACUGGGACACACAGACAGACUAAAAAGGAUUUUUUCCCCAUUUCCAGACAUUUACAAAAGAUUUCUUUGGUGUAGUAAAGCUCUAAUAAUGGCACUCCAAUCAGCUUCUUUUCUCCCCUCUGCUCUCUCCAUUCACAAAGAGGGUAAAUCUUUGAAGGAGACAACCUUUUAUGGAGUUGCAUUGCCAUGCAACCCUAAAGCUCAAUUUAGCCAUUCUUCUUGCACCAAGGAAUGGGGAAGGAAGUUAGUAGUUGGACCUGUAAGAGCACAAACUGCUGUAACUACUCCAGUCCAGUCUAUACCAGAAGAGAAGAAGACAUUGAGGAAAGGCUGUGUGAUCAUCACGGGAGCCUCCUCGGGUUUAGGACUAGCGACUGCGAAGGCUCUUGCUGAAACGGGGAAGUGGCAUGUGAUCAUGGCGUGCAGGAAUUUUCUGAAGGCUGAGACGGCUGCUAAAAAAGCCGGGAUGCCAAAAGAGAACUACACGGUUAUGCACCUCGACCUUGCUUCACUUGACAGUGUUCGCCAAUUUGUAGACACCUUCAGGCGUUCCGAGAGGCCACUUGACGUGCUGGUCUGUAAUGCUGCUGUCUACUUCCCCACUGCCAAAGAGCCGACAUUUACUGCUGAAGGGUUUGAGCUUAGCGUUGGGACUAACCACCUCGGGCAUUUCCUGCUUUCAAGGUUGUUGCUGGAUGAUCUGAAGCAAUCAGAUUAUCCACAAAAGCGGCUCAUAAUUGUUGGCUCCAUCACAGGAAACACAAACACGUUGGCUGGAAACGUGCCACCAAAAGCUAAUCUUGGAGAUCUAAGGGGACUAAAAGGGGGGUUGAAUGGAACCCAAAGUUCACCCAUGAUAGACGGGGGAGAAUUUGAUGGCGCAAAGGCCUACAAAGAUAGCAAAGUCUGCAACAUGCUUACCAUGCAAGAAUUCCACAGGCGUUACCAUGAGGAGACUGGCGUCGCCUUUGCUUCCCUCUACCCCGGGUGCAUUGCUGAAACCGGCCUGUUUAGGGAACACAUUCCCUUGUUCAGGCUCCUCUUCCCUCCCUUCCAGAAAUACAUCACAAAAGGAUAUGUAUCAGAAGACGAGGCUGGAAAAAGACUAGCACAGGUAGUAAGUGAUCCAAGUUUAUCAAAAUCGGGCGUCUACUGGAGCUGGAAUUCUAACUCUUCCUCGUUCGAGAACAGGCUCUCUAAAGAAGCUAGCGAUGCAGAGAAAGCAAGAAAACUAUGGGAGGUAAGCGAGAAACUUGUUGGAUUGGCUUAAAUGCUACCCAGAGCAGGAUAUGAGCUAGCCAAGACACCCAUAUUUCAGAAACUACAGAUACCAAGGAAAACUGAGAAAUAGCUCAAUUAUAAGUCUAGCUUAAUACUGUAAGGUCCCUUGUAUGCAAUUUUUCAGGAGUUUUAAGAGAGUUUCUAGCUUUCCUAGCUUGUGUGGAAGGCUAUUAGUUUGUCUACUUCAGAUAGUUGCCUGGUAUAUUUUGUGUAGCAUCAGCAGAUACAAAUCAAAAUAAUAUCCUAUCAACAAAAUUAAUUA